AUGAAGUGUCUGGUCACGGGCAGCAAUGUGAAGGUGCUCGGCAAGGCCGUCCACUCCCUGUCCCGCAUCGGGGACGAACUCUACCUGGAGCCCCUGGAAGACGGGCUCUCCCUCCGGACCGUGAACUCCUCCCGCUCGGCCUACGCCUGCUUCGUCUUUGCCCCCCUCUUCUUCCAGCAGUACCAGGCGGCCACCCCUGGUCAGUACCAGCUGCGCUGUAAGAUCCUGAUGAAGUCCUUCCUGUCUGUCUUCCGCUCACUGGCAAUGCUGGAAAAGACUGUGGAGAAAUGCUGCAUUUCCCUGAAUGACAGGAGCAGCCGCCUGGUAGUUCAGCUGCACUGCAAAUAUGGGGUGAGGAAGACUCACAACCUGUCCUUCCAGGACUGCGAGUCCCUGCAGGCCGUCUUCGACCCAGCCUUGUGUCCCCAUGUGCUCCGUGCCCCAGCCAGGGUCCUGGUGGAGGCUGUUCUGCCUUUCCCCCUGGCGCUGGCUGAAGUGACGCUGGGCAUCGGCCGUGGGCGCAGGGUCAUCCUGCGUAGCUACCAAGAGGAGGAGGCAGACAGCGCUGUCAAAGCCAUGGUGACGGAGAUGAGCAUCGGAGAGGAGGAUUUCCAGCAGUUGCAGGCCCAGGAAGGGGUGGCCAUCACUUUCUGCCUCAAGGAAUUCCGGGGGCUCCUGAGCUUCGCAGAGUCAGCCAACUUGUCCCUCAGCAUUCACUUCGAUGCCCCGGGCAGGCCAGCCAUCUUUGCCAUCGAGGACUCUCUGCUGGACGGCCACUUUGUCCUGGCCACACUCUCGGAGCCGGACUCGCACCCCCAGACCCUGCGUGCCCAAGAGGAGCUCCAGCGACCAGAGCCCCGGCUUCAGGCUCACAGCACGCCCCACCUAGACCUGGAUGACUUUGCUGUCGACGACAUGGACUCUUACAUGAUUGCCAUGGAAACCACUGUGGGCAGCGAGGGCUCCCGGGCACUGCCCUCCAUCUCCCUUUCACCUGGCCUCCAGCGCCCCUGUAGCUCCAGCCCCCACUCAGACGAGGAAGAUGAUGACAUGGAGCCCAGCACAGUGCCUGGGACUCCCCCGCCUAAGAAGUUCCGCUCGCUGUUCUUUGGCUCCAUCCUGACCCCUGCACACUCUCCUCAGGGCCCCAGCCCUGUGCUGGCUGAAGACAGUGAGGGCGAAGGCUGA